AGGCAAGACGUUUAGCAAUUUUUGACGCAAUUGCCAAUAAACGGGUGUAUUGUAUCUGGUUUGGUUUACACGCCAAGAAAAGGUUUGUGCAAUUUCUGGGAUAGAGGAACGGUUUGCCCCCAUCCUACCCUUUUGAGACAAUAGCUUGAUAUGAAUGGGAUUUUGUUUUACUGAGACUUGGUGUUAUAUGGCUAAAAGAGAAGGUGAAAGUGAAGUUUCUGUGGACUUGGCAAGAGAGUCGUUAAUCGCGCUAUCUUAUUCUCUACCAGAAACCGAUCUUUUUCCAACCGAGCUCCCUAAAAGUGUUAAAACUGUCACGGAGGCUGUAAAUACUGAUGAAAAAGAUAAACUUAGGUGCGAGUUGAUCUCGAUAUCAUAUGCGGAGUCACCCGACACCAAGGAAUCACCGGGAAAAACCAACGGUUAGAUCGUUUAGUCAAUCCUUUUUUCCGUUGUUGUGGGUUUAUCUAGCUCGUUUUGUUUAAUGUUUGUCGUGUGAAUUGUGAUGAACAACUCCGGGUUGUGUAAACCGUCACUGCAAAAAUAAAUCAGAUGUUUUGCAGUCAUCAAUAUUUAUUUGUGACUAUUGCAAGUUAAUUACUGUUUAUUGAACUAUUAAUCCAUCAGUGGGUCACUUCACUA